ACGCCUCUUCUCAUUUAUACAACUUCACUGGAGAGACUUCAGGAGUCGAGCAGCGGCGCGCAGGAGGGCUUCGCUAACUUCACCCAGCACAUUUUUAUAUCAGUGGUAUUUCUUCUUUAAUUUUCUGGACUUACACAACCGCAGAAAUGACUCUACCAUACUCACAAAGCGUAACGACACUUAAGACAGUGACCGUCGCGGAACCGAGCACACAGACUAUCUUGACAUCCACUCCUGUCGAGAUAAGCGAAGGGUCGACGACUUACCGAACGGUAAACCUCGCGGAAGCUCAGCUGCAGCCGGUCCAGUACAUUAACAGCCAAGUGGAGGGGAACAUGGUGUACAGCGGCGCACGUUACCUGGUGCCUGUGCAGCAGCGGCCCGCGGAGUCAUACGUUUACCUGAGUCAGGCGCCGCGCGUCGUGCAACCGGUGUACUUACAGAACGUUCGGCCCGUCAGCGUCAGCAGCGUCGACGAAACCGACACCUACAGACAAAUAAACAUAAAUGGACAAACAUCUGUCUUCAGCCAGUUAUCCAGUCCAGUCAAAAGCCCUGAACCAUCUGAGUCAGAGCUGGUGGAGACUUCAAGCAUUCGAGAGGAAGUCGUGGACCUGAGAGAAAUAAAGAAUGGUCUUUCUGAGAUUAAGACCGAGGUUAUCGAUGUGGAACCGAUCGCCAAGAUGGACAACCGCUUCUUUGGCGAGCUUCUUGCUGAGGUUUACCGCAAGAACUCAGAUAUUCACACCUGCAUCUCCGAGCAUGUGGCCAAGAUUCGCGGAAGGAAACCCCUUCUGGACCCCACCAUUGACUACAAGGUGGAAAAAGAAGAAAUAGAGAGUGUCAUUCCUAAAGGAGUGUCCGAACUGACUAAGCAGCAAAUCCGCUACCUGCUGCAGACUCGUAUGACGGCUGAUAAGACCAUGCGUCUGUUGAUGGCCACAUUCAGCAGUCUGCGAGAGGAGCUAGUGCAUAUGCAGGAUGAUCUGAGGCAUCUGGAGAGCGAGAAGGAGGAGCUGGAGAGAGAUCUGAGCUUCAAGGCGGAUCAGGCUCUGCAAUACGACAGACUACUGGAGACCAUUCGUGAGCACAACAGACAGCUGCAGGCUGCUGUGAAGGAAAGUAAUAAUGCUCAGCGUACUCUAGAAAGUCAGCUACUGACUAUGCAGAGCAAAGACCCCAGCAAAGACUUCCGCAUUAAAGAAUUGGAGGGCAGCAAAAGAGCCCUGGAGCAGGAGAACGAGCUGCUCAGGAAGAAGUUGGCAGGGCAGUGCAGUAGUUCCACCGUCCAAAUCAAAACACAGGAGCUGUCCAGAGAGUAUGAACAGAUGCUGAACGAUCUACGAGAGGAGAAGGACAGAGAACUCAAGAACCUGCGGACUCAGCUUGUAAAGAUCCAGACCGAGCGCACCAUUACACAGACCUCUGACAGCGGUUUGGAGAUACGUAUCACUGAGCUUCUGUCCAAACUAGAACAGCGUGAAAGUGUCAUCAGACAUCAGGAGGAGGAUAUCAGGCGACUCAAACAGCAGAAGGUCGACUCCAACUCCAGCAGUACAACGAGGACUGUCGUUACCAAGAGAUACAUGAACCAGUACCCUAUUCUGGGUCUGCUGAGUGACGAUUACCAGUACACACCACCCAUUAAAGAGGACAGGACUGUCGUCAUCGAGAGUACGGGGGUCACCUCACGAGUCAUCUAGACUGAAUGAACAGGAAGAAGAUUUAGAGGCCUCCCCGUUUUCCCCCUCCCUCUCUCCCUGCAUGCCGCCCUCUUUCCAGUGGCUCCUAUCGGUGAUGGUGGCGCUGACUUUUUAGUUUCCAUGCUUUGGAAUUGGAUAAUGCCAUAUGAAGUAAGAACUAAAACAGCAUUUAAUGACAGUUGACACAAAAUCUUUCAGAAGCAUCGUGUUUAUUAUAAUACCUUGUGACUACUGAUAGUUAUUUUUAUAUUUUUGAGUCAUCUCUUCAUAUGAUGCACCACAACCUUUAGUAGCCUCCUGUCAACACUACUGUAAGCAUGUAAAUAUUUGGAGAGAAAUUAUUUGCAAGUAUCAUAUGCCUUGACUGGAAUAAAAGUUGAGCAUUGUCAGUAAUGUAAAA